UGCCCCAUUUACCCCCGGAUGCGAUGGACAGACUGUGUUGUAUCCGUCUGUAAGCUUCAGAUCAGUCAUUAGUUUAUCUCUCAGGAUGCGCUGUCAUUGCAUUUGCGCAUUUGUGUUGAAAUAACAGCAAAUGUUUAUAGAUUUGUAACGUUAUAGGCUUUCUGUGUGUGUAAAAUAGCCACUGUUUUAUGGAUUUAAAACUAAAUUUGACAUUUAGUGUUUAUGAUAUGCUAUAAAAAUAAAAUAAACAUGCGUCUACCUGAUCUGAAAUGAACCUGUCUCAUAUCUUCAGUUAUCAUUUCAGUGUCAUGUUAGCCGAACUGCUAACAGCUCGAAACAAACACUGACAGGCCUAUAAAAAUGUCACUUUCUCACAGAAAAUACUUCUAUUUUAUACAUACCACAUGAAUAAGGACAUUCCGUGUGUUCGUGUCGACAUUAGUGUUAUAUUGAUGUAUUUAAUAUCGACGUUAUUUUCUGUCAUUGGAGUUUGUUGAUAUUAUGUAGCUGACAGGCUAACCGGCUAACGGCACGUCAAUGCUAACAUGAACUGUAAAUAAAUGUGCGUGUUCUUUUAGGGAAAUAAUAAAGCUUUAGACUUAACGUUUGUUAUUCAAAUAAUGUUAUUGGUUUAGCAUAUUUUGACAUCUUCAACUUACUCCAAAGGCAAAAUGGCACUUUUAAAGAGAAGAAUGUUAGAUGACUGCUGAGAUACUAUCAGACCUUUAUAAAAUGCCUUCAAGGACAUUUAAUGCCACAGUAACCCGUGUGUAUUAUCGAGUCUGUGAUGGAAAGAUGCACAAGGCUGAAUAAUGUUGAUGUUUGGGACAAUCCAUUUACAAAAGUAUGUUUUGUUAUUUUGGUUUAUUGUGGCUUAUUUUAGGAACAUUGAACAAUCAAUAAUGGGUUUAUGUCAUUUUUAACAUCAAGGUCUGGAUCUGGGUACAAAACACACUUUGAUGUUAGUAACUAAAGGUCCAGUUUGAAUAGAUUUGUAUCUGUAUUUAGUUUGUUUCAUGCCAUGGGUGAAUAUUUACUAAACAAUUCAAUAUUUAGAUGGGGUGAAAAUAAAACAUUUUCGACAAAAAUUUGGAGGGUAAGACAGAACUGUCACUGUCAUUUGUUUAUUUGUACAAAGAGAUUGAUAGGUCUUUUGGUAGGAAUUUAUUGUCUUUAUUAACAACCCUUAUUGCGUUUUUUUUUAACAGUGAGUAUUUAAAAAAGAGACAAAUUACUUGGUGUGUUUAUAUCCUAAAGUGUGCAUGAUUUGUAAAAGAUAUCUAAAUAUGGGUGACAAACCACACAUGUCCUAUGGUGUGACAGCAGAAAUUUUGAAAAUAAUAACAGUGAAGAUAAAUCUCUCUCGUGAUAUUUUAGAUUAUAUAAAUAAAUAUUGAUACUAUAAAAUAGUAUAUUAUGAACAGUUUGUUUUCUAUUUUUUUGCUGUCACACCAUAGGAUACAUGGUAUAGUUUUUUGUCAACAACCUAUAUCCUUUUGGAUUCUGAUUAUCAAUAAACUUGUCUUUUGGUAUCUUCAUUUAUAUGUACAUUCCCAGGAUUUCAAUGUGACUUGUAAAUUGUAGCCAUUUUCAUUGGUUGACAAUCAAAGUUUGCUAAUUUGCAUAUAACUGAUGCUUAUUAUAUUUAAGGAGGAACUACAGUAAUAUGUUGUCAUUACUUAGAAUUAACUUGAAAGUAAAAUAUCCUUAUUUGUCAGCAUUCGAAUGCUCUUGUGUGUUGUGGUGGGGGAGUCAUGGUGGUGUUAAUAUAAGCAUUAUUUUUGAAAUACAAAAUAUAUUUUUGAGCUAAAAUAAGACUCAAUGUCAUGGUUUUAUCUUAAAAAUAUUCAUUCAAAAUAAUACUGUAGUAAAGCUAUAGUGUAAAACUUGUCAGGCUUGAUCAAAUUAUCACAUUUAUUCUGUUUUUGUCUCCAAAGCUUCCAGCAUCACUUAGUUGUUUCUUGUAUUGUAUGAAGAUCCUGUCUCUAGUGAUUCUGGUUUGGUCGGCCAGAUUUUUCAUUGACUUGAUGCUGUGUAAUGAUUUCUAAUCUAAUGAUACUUUAUUAUUGUGUAGCUUGUAAUGUCUGGCUCUGAUUUGUAUCGUAAAAUAACCUAACAUGAAACUUUUUUCCCAGCCCAGAAUUUAUUUUUGCUUUAAAGUAUCCCCAGACAGAUAAGUUUUAAUGAGAACCCUACUUGCUUUUGAGCUUAUGCUACAGUAUAUUCCCCCUCAUAAUGUUUCUCUCCGUUUUAUCUCUUUCCUCUUACCCACAAUCCCCUGUGACGCUGGACCACGGUGAGACCCUGCAAAUUAUUCCCAUAAGAACUGCAGUUUCUUUCCACUACAACUGUAAACGUAAAGCCCUCAAGUUGAAUUUUGCCAAUCCACCGAUCAAACCUACUUCCAGAAUUACGCUGACCACGGCCGGACUUCCUUUCCAGAACCCACACAUAGAAAGGCUGCGAACGCACAGCAUCGAGUCGUCCGGGAAGCUGAAGAUCUCUCCGGAGCAACACUGGGACUUCACCGCAGAAGAUCUGAAAGAUCUCGGAGAGAUCGGACGAGGAGCGUAUGGCUCGGUCAACAACAUGGUGCACAAACCUAGCGGACAAAUCAUGGCCGUCAAAAGGAUCAGGUCGACGGUGGACGAGCGAGAACAGAAGCAGCUCUUGAUGGAUCUAGACGUGGUCAUGAGGAGCAGUGACUGUCCCUACAUCGUCCAGUUUUACGGCGCUCUGUUUCGUGAGGGGGACUGCUGGAUAUGCAUGGAGCUCAUGGCUAUCUCCUUCGACAAAUUCUACAAAUACGUUUAUUCCUCUUUAGAUGAAGUGAUUCCAGAGGAGAUUUUAGGAAAAAUAACAUUAGCUACUGUGAAAGCACUUAACCACUUAAAAGAAAGCUUGAAGAUUAUUCACAGAGACAUAAAGCCAUCAAAUAUCCUCCUGGACAGGAAAGGCAACAUUAAGCUGUGUGAUUUUGGCAUCAGCGGGCAGCUGGUUGACUCCAUCGCCAAAACUAGAGAUGCAGGCUGCAGACCAUAUAUGGCACCGGAGAGGAUAGACCCCAGUGCUUCCAGACAGGGUUAUGAUGUACGCUCAGAUGUGUGGAGUUUGGGAAUUACACUGUAUGAGCUGGCCACGGGACGGUUUCCCUACCCAAAGUGGAACAGUGUGUUUGAUCAGCUCACACAGGUGGUGAAGGGCGACCCGCCUCAACUCAGCUGCUCAGAGGAGAGACAGUUCUCCCCUAAAUUCAUCAACUUUGUCAACCUGUGCCUUACGAAAGACGAAUCAAAAAGGCCAAAGUACAAAGAGCUUUUGAAACAUCCCUUCAUUCAGAUGUACGAGGAGCGUUCGGUAGACGUGGCCAGCUACGUCUGCUUGAUUCUCGAUCAGAUGCCCGCUUCUCCCAGCUCACCGAUGUACGUCGACUGACACGCACACCUGAACAUCCACAUGGACGAGAAACGAUUAAAGCUAUAGUGUAAAGAUCCACUCCAUCACAGAACUGCAGUAUUAAACCAUGAAAAAAACACAAACACCGCCUGCAAAAGAUCGGUGUUCAACUCAAGUUCGACUGUAAGAUACCUCCAACCCAUCUCACACACACACACGCACACAUCCGUUAAGAGUAAAUAUACUAGUGUCUGAAUGUGGCGGUCUCGUGGUCGGAAUGGCUUUGAUCUUAAAUAUGGAUGCAGAUUAAUGAUUUUAAACAAAUAUAAAAGAAAUGAAAUAAUAUUAAGCCUGGAAUUGUAUUUAUACUUCUGAAAUCACUUGUGGAAUAUAUGAUUUGAAAAAAGCUUUGACAUACUGGAACUCUUAUUUGUGUCUGCUCCCUUCCUCAUAAUGUAUGUGAUGUUAAACGUGUUUUGUAUGUUAAAGAGGUUUGUGUAAGGUGAAUGAUGCAGAGGUGGGCGGGGUUUCUGUAUUGAGGUCAUUUCCUCAAUGAGUAUGUCCUGUUAUAUCAAUAAAACUGAGGGCGAUGGAAACCA